UCAAAACUUCCCGCCGAAAUUUGGAUAAAGAAGUUCGACAGCUGUUCAAAGGAUAAACAGUGCUAAAAUUUAUUAACAUGGCACAAAAAAGUUCCGGUAAUGUCAAACUGUACAAAAUUGCAAAACUGACACCUCAACCAUUAUACUGGAAAAUCAAGGCAACUAUUGAAAUAGAAACAAAAACAGAAGAACAGAAAAACUUUCGUAACAAGAAAGGAGAUGGUUAUAGAUUUGCAGUGCUAUUUAGAGAUGACAGUGCAGAAAUUAGAGGAGUGGCAUUUGGCAUCAUGGCGAGAGAAUUAGAGUCUGAGAUUGAGAACAACAAGGAGUACUUUGUUACUGGAAUAAGGGCAGAUUUGAAGAAAGCAAACAAAGAGUACAAGAGCCCCCACAAAUAUGAGUUGAAGUUUAAUAAGGGAAAGCCUUUAAUUGAACCUGUUGAUGGCUCUUCCCAGUCCCUAUCUCAGGACAGCGGCAUUAGUGAGGCGGCAAGUGUGAGUAGUAGCGGUAGUAGCUGGAACACAGAAGAUGCUGACACUAGAACAUUCAUUUCGACCCAUUGCCACUCGAGGAGGUUCUCAAAAUACCUAAACCCUCAAAACCUUUUGAUACAUUAGGUGUGGUGAAAAGACCCUCUGGAGCAGAUUUCCAGUAUGAUGAUAA